GUUUUGUUGCCCAAGGUCAGGAGUUUCUAAUAAACUCUCAUGAUUUACUUUCUAUAUCAUGGGCCAGCUCCAUAGUGCUUGCUACUUUUGCCAUCCGAAGUUGCAUCACACUCCCAUUCAAAAUAUAUCAGAUGAAAAUCAUGGCACGAUAUGAAUGUCUCCAACCUGAAAUCCAGCAGCUUGCAAAGGAUCUGAAGAAAGAAGUUGGAAUUGCAACUAAGGCCCUGGAGUGGGAUUUCAAGACAGCCCAGUUUGCAUUUAAGCGAUCGAUGAAGAAACAUGUGAACGAAUUGAUAGUGCGAGAGAACUGUCACCCAAUGAAAGGAACAAUCCUGGUGCUCAUCCAAGUUCCUCUCUGGAUUUCCCUGUCAAUGGGUUUGCGCAAUCUGGCAUUUGGCCUCCCCAGCCAUGACAUGAGUGUUAAAUUCCACCAGAUGGAAAUGGAAGUUGGUGGAGCCCUCUGGUUUCCCAACUUGGUGGAUAUGGAUCAUUUUCUCAUACUUCCUAUAACAUUUGGCUUGUUGAAUCUCCUCAUUAUUGAGGUGGAGAGGAGAAGUGUGGUUGGAACACCAAGAGGUCUCCACAGAUUAGGUCUAAAUUUUGGACGUAUAAUGAGUGUAGCCAUAGUCCCUAUUGCCACCAUGCAGCCUGCAGCUUCUGGGAUCCAGUACAGAGUCGAGGAGGACAAGACGAAACCAAAGACUGAUGAACACAAAGCUGAAAACAUUUCCCGUUGGAAAUAUGGUCACAGAGGUGACAGUGAACCUACUUUGCGUAGUGUACCUGUAGUAACCACAACUCCAACCACAACCCCAACUUCUGUCCGGCAGCAAGGACGUAACUCAAACCUCCAAAUCUCAUGCCCACAACCCACAGGCCUAUUUCUUCAUCCAUCUGAUUGUACAAAGUUUCUUAAUUGCUGGGAUAAUCGUAUGUUUGUCCAGCAAUGUCCUGCAAACCUUCACUUCAAUGCCAGGAACCGGGUGUGUGAUUGGCCCAAUCAGGCCCGCUGUAUGGUGGUACAAGCUCCACCCCCACACCAACCUGCCCAACCACCCCCACGCCCACAAACUCAACCACCCCUGCGCCUAUCUACACGGCCACCCCAACGCCUACCUGCUCCUUCGCCACCAAGGAACACCCAUAUAGCACCUCAAUCUCCUGCAAUGCCUCCUAGAGGAAGAGGUUCUCCCAAUCAGCAGCAGGCAAUAGUUCAGGAGGCUCGGAAGCAACAUCAACUUUGCCCUGCUGAGAAGGGACAAUUCCCACACUAUGCUGAUUGCAGUCGAUUUGUGAACUGUUGGAAUGGAAAGCCUCACAUUCAGAAAUGUGCUCCAGGGACUCUUUUCAACCCUGAGAAGGGGUUCUGUGAUCAUCCCCAUCAAGUCAAUUGUGACCAGAAUACUGAUGGAGUGGGGAUAAUAGAGCCUCGGAUGGACUCAAGCAUAUCCUCAGUAUCCAUGAAGGCUUCAGUCUCAUCCUCCUCCUCUCCUGCAUACAAACCCGCAUCACCAAAGCCAGGAGACGCUGUCGUCGUGAUGACUCCCCGUCAGCGCACUCCACCUCCCUCGGGCCAGCGCCUUCGAUUGCGUGGUGGGAAGGGACCUUGGGAGGGCUACGUCCAGGUCUUUCGUGAUGGCCAAUGGGGAUCAGUCUGCGACUCCCAGUGGACACGCCAGGAUGCCAGCGUCGUCUGUCGCCAACUCGGAUUUGUCAGAGGUGCACAGAAGGAGACACAAGGGGAGGUGUUCCCUGGCAUUCCCCUAGAAAGGAGUCAUAUCACCGAAGUAAAAUGCUUGGGGAACGAAGAGAAUUUGUCCAACUGUACUCUCACAUUGGGAAGCUUCUGCCAACCUACUGUCAUGGCUGGAGUUGUCUGCCAAAAUAAUUCUGCCUCCAGGUGCAAUAUGGGAGAGGUCCCACAUGGAGGGCAUUGCUACAAGUUCUUCCCUGAUGUGAAAGUGAGCCAUCAGGAAGCCAUGAUGGUGUGUCAUUCCCAGUCAGGUCAUCUUGUCUCCAUUCAGACUCAAGAGGAGAGCGACUUCAUCUCUGAAUGGCUCCUCACCCUUGCCGAAUCGGGAAUCGAUUCGUUCGGGGAUUCCCUCCACGUGAUGCGCGUGUCUCAUGGAGUCCGCUGCUCGGCCGUGGAGGAGUUGUUGAUGUGUGCACGCGAGGUGGAGGAUCGAGAAUUGAUGCGAACCGUGCCGGGGAGAUCCGGCCCUCUUUCGCGGAAAAGUCGAGUCGGCGAUGGGCUUCCCUCGGUGAAUAUGUCAAAGGCAGCUGUCUCGUUAUGCCACGUCUUUCACUGGCUGCGACCCUCUUUUCCUCCUCUGAUGGAAAAAAAGAAGCCAUUUCUGGGGGAGAAGCGGAUCCCGCGAGAGGAUUCGGCACUUUCUGAUGAGGUUCCCCGCGUGAACCUGAUCGAACCGACAGGCGUCGAAUGCCUCGGAAACGCGGCCGUCAGACGCAGAUCUCGUGGGCUUCUCGAUUUUGCCCUGACUCGACUCGAACCUCAGCAAAAAUUAAUGAAAGAUAAGAAGAGUCUUACCAGAUUUCUUGCUCUCAAGUGCGAUGAAGCGGAAAACGAUGAAGGUCCGUCCCCCAUCGAUUUCCAUUCCCCAUUCCCCCUUGUGGUCGAUCACGGAGGAGUCCUAGCAGUAAAUCUCAUUGCUCCGGCCUCUCCUCCAAGGAACUUGGACGUGGGGAGCGCCCUCUCGGGGUUGGCAUCGCGAGGCGUUCGUAUCGUGAGGCGUUCGUAUCGACUUCUUCUCGGGGUGAAGACAGCAUUACACACAGGAGGAGCUCAGGGGCUCACUGGUUCAGGGAAUGUCUUUUAUCUGUGGGAGCAUGAUGUUGAUGAACUCCACUUUCACAAGUGGUGGCCAGGCUGGAAUGGGAAGGAAGUAGACCCACCGCGCAUCCGGCGCUCCCGUCUCGAGUGCAUCACCCUCAAGAGCUUCUACCUUGAUGAUGUCUCCAAGGUGGAGCUCAAUGCAGAUUACUUCUUCUGGAGUCUAGAGCCCUGUUCAAAGAGGAUCCCCUUUGUAUGCCAGAUGGAACAACAGGAUGUUGGGUGCAUAAAGGGAAAUGGGAUGGGCUACCGUGGGAAUGCAAGUGUGUCUCAAUCAGGAUUCCCCUGCCUCAACUGGAACAGCCCUGAUGUCAUGGUCAUCCUGGGUCGAAAUGCCUAUUCUGAUCUGGGCAUUGGGAAUCACAGGUUUUGUCGUAAUCCAGAUGGCGAUGAGGCACCUUGGUGCUUCACUCCUGAUGGGAAAUUUGAAUAUUGUGAUAUCCCUCAGUGUCCACAGAGCCUGGAUGAUGAGCCUGAGAAACUGUUGCAUCGGAUGCAGCGCUCCUGCCAGCAGAAUCAAUUCCAGUGCCUUGCUGAAGAAUGCAUCCUCUCAGCUUAUGUCUGUGAUGGGGAACAGGACUGCACAAACAACCUGGAUGAGGAAUACUGUGUGAGCUACCUGAAAGACUUUGAUAUAAAGCCAAAGCACAGGUUGGCUUUGACUGAGGUCACCAAGUGGCGCUACAUCAAUGUUGACACUUGUGCUCGCCGCUGUGUUGAAGCUAAAAACUUUGUAUGCCACUCCUUCAGCUACAGUGAGGUGUUGGAGACAUGUAUCCUGAGCGAUGAGAACGUGGAGACAUCAGGGGCCCUGGAAAGUGACAAGCGUUACUCCUACUAUGAGCGCAAGUCCCUCCGCAGUAACUGCUCUGACAUGUUCAUCUGUGACAAUGGCAAAUGUCUCAAUCACUCUAGUGUCUGUAACGGAAGACAAGAAUGUGGUGAUGAGUCAGAUGAAAAGGUAUGUAAGGUUCCAGUCAUUGAACUGAAGCUCCAAGGGGGCAUGAAGCCACACCAGGGGAGGGUUGAGGUCAAAGCUUAUGGAGAAUGGGGUGUGAUCUGUGAUGACAAGUUUGGGCUGUCGGAUGCAGAAGUCAUCUGUCGUCAGCUGGGCUAUUCUUUGGGAGCCUUGAAGACAUUUUCUGGUUCAGCAUUUGGCUCUGGAAGUGGAAAGUUUCUCUUGGAUGACCUGACCUGCACAGGGAAUGAAUCUUCCAUCGCCGAGUGCCAGUUUCCUGGCUGGGGACAGCAUGACUGCCAUGCUGAAGAAGUAGCAGGAGUGGAGUGUCGUGUGGCAUUGGAGGAGUGCAGGGAUCAUGAAUUUGAGUGCCAGAGUGGGGAAUGUGUACCAAUCGACUUCCUCUGUGACGAGGUUGCUGACUGCACUGAUCAAUCUGAUGAGAAAGACACAUGUCAGCUGCCCCUCAUGGUGCGUCUGUCGAGGAACGACAUCCCAGAAAGUCGAAUCAAUGAAAGCAAGGAAGAAAUGUCAGGAAGAGUGGAAGUACGCUACCGGGGGAUCUGGGGAAGUAUCUGUGAUGAUGGAUUUGAUGAUAAUGAUGCCACGGUAAUAUGUAAGAUGCUGGGCAUGGCCAAGCAAGGUCGAGCCUUGAAGGGAGGGGAGUUUGGCGCAGGGGCAGGGCCAAUUUGGUUGGACGAGCUCCAGUGUGAUGGGACAGAGGAGAGCCUCAUGGACUGCCUCCAUCUUCCCUGGGGUCAGAGCAAUUGCCAGCAUAAUGAGGAUGCAGCCCUUGAGUGUCUGCCUGAAGGGAAGGACCCGGUCAAUAUUGAAAUCCUUGAGGCAACAGAAGGGGUUGCAAGCAAUGAAGUACUUGGCACUUAUCCAGGGCUUCCUGAGAUCUGUGGAAGGAAAGGUGUGGAGUACAAGCCACCACUCCAGUCCCAGACAAGAGGAAGGAUCAUGUCUGGACGUCAGGCCACACCUGGUGCUCACCCAUGGCAGGCAUCACUCCGGGUAAGGGCAGGGACAUCCAGUGCCCAUUGGUGUGGGGCAGUGAUUGUGACUCCAAACCAUGUCCUCACUGCAGCACAUUGUCUAGAGGACUACCCCAAGGGAGCAUACGUGGUUCGAGUGGGGGAUACCGAUUCACAGGAGGUGGAAUCUGAGGAGAAGGAGUUUGGGAUCGAGGAGGUGCGAUACCACGAGCGGAAGCACGAGGGGAUUCGCUAUAACAAUGAUGUAGCCAUCCUUUUGUUGAAAGGGGAGGGGAUUCGUUUUGGUACCAAGGUCCACCCCAUCUGCCUCCCCUCCCCUGAAGUUGAUUAUGCACCUGGCAUGAAUUGCACCAUCUCAGGCUGGGGCAGUACUGGCAUCAGUUAUGCAUACACACUACAAGAGGCAACGAUUCCCAUCCUUCCGAUCGAGCAGUGUCGGUCACCAUUGGUGUAUGGUGAUAGAAUCACACCAGGAAUGUUUUGUGCGGGCUUCCUUGAGGGUGGCAUUGACUCGUGUCAAGGAGACUCCGGGGGACCCUUUGUCUGCUAUGACAAUGGCAACGACUCGUCCCUGUCGCUCGGCCAGUCAGUUCUCGGCGCCAUGGAUUCCUCGUCGCCCAUGUUCCCGGUGUCUUCGCGCUCCAGGUUCAAUCCCGAUGAUGUUCAGCUGCUCUUGGAUGAAGUGGAACUACGCAAGAAAGUGCUGCUGGGACCGGGCAAGACCAGCACUCAAGCCGCGAAGACGAAGGCAUGGAACGACAUAGCCAACGUCUUGUUCUCGAAGACGAGAAUCCUCAGGUCGGGCGACGAAGUGAAAUACGAAUUCAUCCAACUGAAACAGGAAGCGAAACAACGGGAAACCGCCUAUCUGGAAAGCAUCAGAAACCGCGACAGACGAGCCUCGAUCCGUCCACCCUCGGAAACCGACUCCAGAAUCCUCGCCAUGGUCGAAGAACCCGGCACCGCUCCAUCGAUAAGCGACGUCCUCGAGGAUUCAGGAUCUCAUCGCCAACAGCCGGAGGCUGAAAUUGAAGCCCGAGGAAAACUCAGACCAAUUGAUGUCGUCGUUCGAAGAUUCCCUUCCUGCCUAUUCGAGGAAUACCAGGACACGGGCGUCGAUGAAGAGGCCGUCCUCGUCGACCGACUCCUGCGUGCCGCCCAAGGUCGGGAAGGGCGGGAGAAGUACCGAAGUACCCCAGGAAAGUACCGAUUCGACAUCGAUGCUCGAGAUGCAGCAAGCGAUGCUGCGGGAACUGAAAAGCAUAUCCGCGUCCAUGAUGGAGCUCGCGUCGUCCAUGACGGAAAUGUCCUCGUCCAUGAAGGAGAUGGUGAGGUAUCAGAAGCAGCUCCUCAUCGCUCAAGGCAACUUGUGAGAAGGUGGUUUGCUCAACAUCCAUCCCAAUUGAUUGUGACUGAUUGUGAGGUGGUUUGCUCAACAUCCAUCCCAAUUGAUUGUGAGGUGGUUUGCUCGACAUUCAGCCCAAUUGACUGUGAGGUGAUUUGCUCGACAUCCAUCCCAAUCGAUCGUGAGGUGGUUUGCUCGACAUCCAUCCCAAUCGAUCGUGAGGUGGUUUGCUCGACAUCCAUCCCAACUCCAGUUCCCCGGGUUAUCGCAUCAGUCACGCACUGAAUUAUAUCAGGAAUCCUCAACAUGAUUUCAAAAUUUUUUGUGUGUUUUCUAGUCCUUUCACGACGUGGCAAAUAAGCGCUAAUAAGUGCGCUUCCCUGCCAAAAGUAACCGGACACCAUUCUGCAUGGAG